GAGCGCGAGGCGCCGGGAGACCCAAGUCCCCGGGUGGAGCCGCCUACCUGCAGCUGCCGCCCACGGCCCGUCAGCCACCAUGGAGCUUAUGCUGCGUUUUGUGCUCCUGUGGGGACUCGCUGAUUUCUCCAGAAGUUUAAGUAUAGCUACUCCUUCUGAACAGAUGAUUGAAAAAGCCAAAGGGGAAACUGCCUAUUUGCCAUGCAAAUUUACCCUUAGUCCAGAAGACCAGGGACCUCUGGACAUUGAAUGGCUGCUAUCACCAGCUGAUAACCAGAAGGUGGAUCAAGUGAUUAUCUUAUAUUCUGGAGACAAAAUUUAUGAUGACUACUAUCAAGAUUUGAAAGGACGGGUACAUUUUACAAGUAAUGAUCUCAAAUCUGGUGAUGCCUCAAUAAAUGUAACAAAUUUACACUUAUCAGAUAUUGGCACAUAUCAGUGCAAAGUAAAAAAAGCUCCUGGUGUUGGAAAUAAGAAGAUUCAGCUGACAGUUCUUGUUAAGCCUUCGGGUACAAGAUGUUACGUUGAUGGAUCAGAAGAAAUCGGAAAUGACUUUAAACUAAAAUGUGAACCAAAAGAAGGUUCACUUCCAUUGCGAUAUGAAUGGCAAAAACUGUCUGACUCUCAGAAAAUGCCCACUUCAUGGCUAGCAGAAAUGACUUCACCUGUUAUAUCUGUAAAAAAUGCUACUACUGAGUAUUCUGGGACAUACAGUUGUACAGUCCAAAACAGGGUGGGCAUGGAUCAGUGCCUGCUACGCCUGGAUGUUGUGCCUCCUUCAAACAGAGCUGGAACAAUUGCAGGAGCUAUUAUAGGAACUUUACUUGCUCUAGUGCUCAUCAGUCUUCUUAUCUUUUGUUGCCGUAAAAAGCGCAGAGAAGAAAAAUAUGAAAAAGAAGUUCAUCAUGAUAUCAGGGAAGAUGUGCCUCCUCCAAAGAGCCGAACAUCCACUGCCAGGAGCUACAUUGGCAGCAAUCAUUCUUCCCUGGGAUCCAUGUCUCCUUCCAACAUAGAAGGCUAUUCCAAGACUCAAUAUAACCAAGUACCAAGUGAAGACUUUGAACGUGCUUCUCAGAGUCCGACUCUCCCACCCACUAAGGUAGCUGCCCCUAAUCUCAGUAGAAUGGGAGCGGUGCCGGUGAUGAUUCCAGCACAGAGCAAGGAUGGGUCUAUAGUAUAG